AUGGCCGGUAAAAAUAAGCACAUCUCCAAGGGCUCUGUGCUCCAAAAACCAACACUACAACCAUUCAAAAUAGAUCGACAUCUCACUGGAGUUGUUAUCACACCACGUGGCUAUCCCCUAGAUUGGAGUAGGACGAUUCUUGAGCUUCUAGUCAUAAUAAGAGGCUUCAUUGUGGCUCACCGGCGUCUUUACACUGAAAAAAGGAUUCUUCACUGCAACGUCUCUGAGGGAAAUAUCGUUUUAGUAAGGCCAGAUGGGGACAAUAGCAUACAAGGGAUGUUGAUUGACCUUGAUCAUGCUAUGACACUCAAUGAUGAUCCGAAAAAAGAUGACAAAAGUUUAUUGGCAGGGACUAUGAAGUUCAUGGCUCUCGAGAGAUUACAAUUUGCUGUAAUAGAUAAAAUAGCAAUUCAGUGCACGUAUCGUCAUGACCUAGAAUCGUUCUUCUACGUGUUUCUCGUCGGGUGCAUAGGGUUUGAACGCGAAGAUGACGCGGUGGAAGUAAUAAGAUUGCAAAAUUGGAGCUCCAAUAAUAUAUACCUCAAUAAUGGCAUGAAACACACAUGUGUGUCAGGAUUCAGCAGUUACAUUUUGGACAUGUUCUCGACGAGUUACUUUGACUUGAAGGACUUAGCCAUAAAGUUACGAAACAUAGUGUUCGGGGAGUCUAUACCGUAA